UGCUUAUCAGUCUGUUUUCCCCCACACGCGUCUCUGAUUCAAUUGAGACAAGCACGGCUGACGCGUUUGGUCAUCAUGUCGUAGUGAUCAUCCAAUCCCCAAAUCGGCGAUCAUUGGUACAUGCCGGCUCCAAGCCCGGGCGCCGGAUGACAUCAUAUAGCUGUUUCUUUAUCACAAGCUUGAACGCAGAAAGAACACUUCCACUUCACAUUGAAACACGAUACCAGACACACUGCACUUCAACCCGAGAAUACACUGGCAACCACCAGAAACCAUUCAUCCCUACCCAAUUCUACCACACACAUACACACACAAUAUGUUUAACAGUACCAUAAACCGAAGGGCAAUGCCUUUGUUCUUGCGCCCAACUCGCUCAAUAAUACCAUCCGCCGUGCGCGAGAUGGCGGCUCCGUCAGCACGCCGCUUUUUGACCGAAAAGCCCGGCUUAGAAUCCACAGAUAUUAGGGACAUCGCCGAUGCCAGAAAAACAAACCCCCCCAAGCCCAAGAUCUCCAAUGCUAGCGUGGGCAGUGAGAAGCUCACCGAAGAGCAAAAGCGCGAAGUGGAUAAGCACAACGAGGACUUCGAGAAGAAGCACGAUACUGCAGCCCCUGCCGAGAAGGACAAGGUCAACAAGAAAUUUUGGUCGAAAAGAGAUAGCGGAAUGUAAGGAUCCUUACAGCCAGAGGCUCAAAGUCAGGAAUGAUCGUGUCUUGGUGGGUGGUAGAUAUCAAGAUAUUCUCUAAUAUUACUACAC